AUGCCUGUGGAAAUAACGGGAGCUCCAAAAUCAAGUUGGGCCGACGAAGUUGGGGAGGAACUUGAUCUCCAUUAUGAGGCAGUUACUGAUGAAAAUGGAGUCAAGACUGUUAUCGAACACAUAAUAAAUGAUGACGGAAAGAAAGUAAAGGUCACACGAAAAAUUAAAAAGACCCUUAUCACAGAGCGCGUAAAUAAGGCAGCAGCCGAGAGAAAGAAAUGGGCAAAAUUUGGAGAGGAACAAGGCAAAAAACCUGGACCUGAUCUCAGUACGACAAGUGUUGGGGAACAGGUUUUUCUAAAACUCUCGUCUACCGGCAGGGGCGUGGAAACUGUGGAAGAUAUCGAAAUAACAAAGAAAAAACUCCUCGGAAAGAAAAUCUUAUGUCGUAUCUGCAAAGGAGAUCACUUUACAACAAAGUGUCCGUAUAAGGACACUCUUCCGCCACUAGAUGAAUUACAUAUACAAGAGUCUAAGGAGCCAUCAACUACGGAACCUGCUCCAGUAGAAGCACCAGGACCUGGCAAAUACGUUCCACCAAGCUUACGAGGCGACCGUAAAUCUACUGGCGAAUCAUACAAGGAACGAAGAGAUGAUGCUACAAUCCGUGUCACCAACCUUUCCGAAGAUACAACCGAAAGCGAUAUUCAUGAAUUAUUCCGUCACUUUGGCUCAAUCUCUCGAGUAUAUCUUGCACGUGAUCACCAAACAAACAUGUGUAAAGGAUUUGCAUUUGUUAGUUUUCAAAUUAGAGACGACGCCGGAAAGGCUCUCGCUUCGCUUAAUGGUUAUGGUUACGAUAACUUGAUCUUGCGAGUUGAAUGGGCAAAGUCAUCCUCGUCUUCGACGUCGUGA